AUGGAUGACUAUGAUAUCUAUGGUGACUUUAGUAAUGCAAAUGACGACGAUGAUGAUCUAAAUGAUGACAAUGCAGCUGCAGCUGCUGCAACAACAGUUAUAGACACAUCAACAUCAACAACUACUUCAAACAAGAAUGUUGAAGAGCAUACAGAUGAUAACAUCAAUGAUGGUGAUGAACAUUAUAAUGGAUCAUCAGAACAGUUUGAUGAAGUCAAGAAGGAUAACGAGGAUUACAGUACUACUGGAGACCAUGAUGGUACUGUCGAUGGCGAUGGUGAUGGCGAUCACAUGGCACUAGGUGAGAAGGAUGCAGCAUCAUUCUCAGAAACACAUACAAUCCAAUCAAUCGAUGAGCAUGACGAUCAUCACAAUGCAGAUGCAGAGAAGGACCUUGCCUUUGUUGAUGAAGAGGCAUCACAUCAAUCGGGUGAUACUGCAUCUGGUGAGGAAGCCAAUCCAGCAGUAUUCAUUGGUGGACUUGAAUGGUGGACAACAGAGCAACAGCUGGAGCACUUCUUUUCAGAGUUUGGCAAGCCAAAGACAUUAAAGAUAUUCGAGAAUGAGAUCAAUGGCAAGUCCAAGGGUUAUGCAUUCAUCGAGUUACAAUCAAGCGAGUUGGCACAACAGGCCAAAGAGAAGCUGGCCACAAAGGAGAUUGGUGGCAAGAGUGUUGUGAUCAGAUCAGUUCCAAUGCACAGUUAUCAUCAGAUAUUACAAUCGAUCAAGACUGGAUCGUUUAAAGUACAACCUGGUGGCAGUUCAGAACAUCAUCAUCAGCACACUGGAGCUAUGGUCAGCCCAGGCGGACGCAGUCGUGGUCCCAACAACAACAACAACAUGAACAACAAACAACAACGUGGAGGUGGCCCACCUCAGAUGCGAGGAGGCAUGCCUGGCCGUGGCAGUCUCCUACAACCACCUCAAGAGUACAUGUAUCCCAAUGGUCAUUCGAUGCCACCUGGCAUGUCGCCUCGAGGUGGCAGGGGAAUGCCUUACAUGAAGUCAUACAGAGGCGGACCACCUGGCGUUGCUCGCGGUGGCAUGAGAUAUCCGCCACCACCUCCACCACACAUGCAGAUGCCGCCCUUCCCGCACCCCUCGUCGGGCUUCUACUUCCCAGACAUGCCUCGUGACGACCGCAUCAGACAUCCAUCCGACAUGCCCAGAGACGAGUAUCGUGACAGGGACAGAGAGCGCGACAGAGAAAGAGAGAGGGAGCGUGAACGUGAGCGAGAGAGAGAAAGAGAGAGGGAGCACAGAGAUCGCGAAAGAGAAAGAGAGAGGGAGAUGUCAGAGAAGAGGAAACGCGAGGAUGAUGGUGACGAACGACAAAAGGAGCGAUCAAAGGAAAGAGAACGCGAGAGAAAGGAGCACGACAAUAGAGACAGCAGGGAGCACAGGUCAUCACACGAGGACAGAGAGCGCGAAAGAGAGAGGGACAAGGAGAGAGAGCGCGAGCGUGAAAGAGAGAAGGAUAAGGAGAGAGAGCGUGAGAGGGAGCGCGAGAAGGAAAGGGAGAGAGAGCGCGAAAGGGAGGAACGUGAGAAGGAGAAGGAAAAGGAAAGAGAGCGCGAGCGUGAAAGAGAGAGGGAGCGCGAGAAGGAAAAGGAGAGAGAACGAGAGCGUGAGAAGGAGAAGGAAAGAGAGAGGGAGAGGGAAAGGGACAGACCCGUUCGAGACAAGGACAGAGACAGAGACAGAGACAACAGGGACCACAGAGACAACAGAGGCGAGCGUGACCAUCGCGACAGAGAGAAGGAAAGAGAGAGGGAGAGAGAAAGGGACAGAUACCCUGAGCGCUCCAAGGACAACAGGAGAGACGGCCGCGAGGUAGACAGUGGCAGGUCCAGCAGAUCAAGGAGGGAUGAGGAGAUGUCCGAGGCAGACACUGAGCGUGAGAAGCGCAACAGAGACAGAGAGAGACGGUUCAACGUGAAGUCUGGAAAGUGA